AUGUUUAUCCAUCCAAUUUUGAAGUCUUUUAGAAGUCUUCAUAAACACCCCUCCCCACAACCUGACCCGUCAAACCUCCCAAAUUCCUCUCUCUCACCAAUCACCACCAUCUCGCCAACCCAUGCAAACAUCCCACCAAGCACAAUGUCCACCCCCACCCCCUACAAACAAAUCCGCGCCCUCCACACCCCUCGAACAAUAACCCUCUACCAAGCCUACAACCACCCCAUCGCCUCCGCCGCCGUCUCUGCUCAAUCCCUCACCGCCUCCCCCCUCUUCAAAACAACCCGCAUGACCUGGAUCAAGCCCUCCUGGGCCUGGAUGCUCUACCGCUCUGGCUACUCGUUCAAAGACGCCAACCAAUCCCGCAUUCUGGCGCUCACAAUGUCACACGAGGAUUUCCUUUGGCUGCUUUCCCAGGGUGUGGUUUCCCACCGUAGCCCAGAGGAGAAGGGAGAUCAAGGGGGGAAGAAGCUGGGGGGUGUGAGGAUACAGUGGGAUCCAGAGAGGGAUGUCAAGAUGGAGAGGUUGGGGUACAGGAGUAUCCAGAUUGGGAUUCCGGGCGGGGAGGUCUGUGAGAGAUGGGUCGGGAUGGUGAAGAAGAUUGAGGAUGUUACUGACAAGGCGAGAGAGUUGAAAAGAGUGAUUGAUGAGAGACCGGAGGUAACGGUGGGGGUGUUGAAGGAGAUGGGGUUGGUGCCAGAGGAGAAGGUGUUUGAGAUUGAGGAUGAGGAGGUGAGGAAACGGCUGGGGAUGGAUUGGCCGGUUGAGCCUGAGUAA